AUGAUGACGGUAUUACCACCUCUUACGGACACGACGAGUGGUAGUAAGAAACGACGCCGUAGUAUUGAACCUGUGGAAUCAAGUAAGAUUCUAGCGAUGCCAUUAAGUAUUUCGUCGUCUCACGUGAUGCCAGGAAACGCCAUACGUAAUCCAACGUUGUUACAGCCGACGCAUGACAAGCGUCAUGAUGACAACGAGACCGAUGGCGGUGAUGAUGAUUUCUUACGUCGUAGUCUAAUGGGUCUUUCACUACAGCUUAAACUAAAGAUGAUUCUUGUUGAAGCCUGGGCUUCCGACAUGAAUAGCGUCGUGAUGGAACGUAAUCUCUUUGCUAUUGCCAAGGAACUGGCGAUAUUGAAAGAAAUGGGCAUUUAUGAACAACACACAUGUGUGCGUUUCUUGGAGCUUGCACGUAAUCGUAUGGUGCAACUUUUGGAACAAACGGAACGUCAGGAGACGUUGCAUAUGGAAGCAGAGCAGAUGUGGACAAUGGCAUUGAUCCAGGCCCAAGAGACAAUUCAUUUAUCACCUCAUAGUCCAUCUGGUGUUAGUGAAUUUCCACUUUUGAGUGGUUUUGAUGCAAGUAGUCGUGAGAUCUCCGUGCUAUGGCGUGCCAUGUCCAUUGCACGUGACCGUGGAGCUCAACUGUGGCACGAAAACAAGCCGGAACAAGCGUUACCGUUUCUACUAGCUGCUGAUUCGUACAUGAAGCGCUUUACGCUCAAGUAUCAGCGUUUAAAAGUCGAUCAUGCAAUGGUGGACACGUUACAGAAACCACCUUGUUUCCACUCGAAGCGGCGGGUCACGUUUGCCAAGGAACCACAAGUUAUGGGCGUUGCAGAUGCUGAGGUGGAUCGUACACCUAUUAGCCCUACAAAGCCGUCCAAGUUGGAGUCUUUGUUACUUCGUACAUCGCGUGAGUUUCCGACACCCCGUUUCUAG